AUGACGAUCGAAAUCACUGCUCCCGUUUCGCUGGAGGCGUUGGCCAGCAAGCUGGGCGUGGCUUCACAACGGUCUCCAGUGAAGAUCGAGCGGUCUUCUUCACCUGCGCCACUCAUUGACGGUACCUCUGAUAUACCAGAGGAUGGAGAGAUUGGAAAGCAACAAUUCAAAGUCGGCUCACUGCAAGGUGAGCUGCAGCUGGCCAACCUCGAGUACUCCGCCCUUGAAGACCGCUACAAGCGUCUCGAGCGACAGCACAGCGAGCUACAAGAUCUGGCCUCUGCAUACAGCGAAGUCAUCAGAGGUUUCUCUGUUAUUGAUCAGCCGACCGUGUGUAUUGACCAGCUGCAGGCCGAAGCAGGUCGUGACGGCCUGAGGGCGAAGGCCCUUGAGGCAGACGUACUCAGGCCAUUGGUCAGAGAAAGUGGCGGCCUACAGGCUCUCAUCUCGCAGAUAAACAUAAUGAGAAACAUCAUCGACAAGGCGGGAGGGCUUCAAGAGCUCGAGCAAUUUGUGUCGGAUCUUCGUACGAUUCGAGACACGAUCGACGAACUCAGAGGCUCUAGAGGUCUUGUCGGCUUGGCUGCUGAGGUACGAGAUCUUCUCCAAAGUAAGCAAAAGCAGGACAGGCUUGCCGCUGAGGUCAAUGGUCCAAAUGGCCUGCGAGAGAAAGCCGCAAAGUACGAGAAGCUCGCGAAGACCUUCGCUGACGUGCAGAAUACCUCUAAGCUCCAAUGGCGUUCAGCUAGCAACGCUGCUAUGAACCCAGCUCGAGCUCGCAUGAUCUCCGCCACGCCACUCGAGGUCGAUCCAGACCGUGACUUGUACGAAGCACCACCGCCGGUGGCCAAGCCGAACAACAGGACAGGCUCGAACAACACUCCCUUAGGUGCUUCUCAAGACCAACCAUCCGAGUCGAGCUUAAAGCGGAAGGGUCCCGAGACUUCAGCGUCCACCAUGCCCGCAAAGCGCCCACGAAUCGAUGUCGGUCGCGCCUCAACUCUUUUACAUGCCUCUCUGCCUACCACCGUUGGUAGCUCCGCAGAUCGGAUUGCGGGUCCUAAGAAUCCUUCAGGCAAACGAGCUGGUACCGCAGGCGUCAAAGUCCGGAACCAGGCGGUCAGUGUACACGCUACAGACUCUCUCCUGUGUCAAUCCAAAACCACGGAUAAAGAAGGGCAGACCUCGUCCCUUAAAGCUCGACUUGACGCGAGUCAAGCUGAGAGUGGGAGCGCGAAGACUAACACUGUGGGCUCCAGACCUCAGGUGAACACAGCACCACUUCCACCAAGGAUGCCAGACUGGAUGCGUGCAGAUGUCUGCUAUGGAGAUGUGGGAUUCGCUUCCGCAGCUGGAGCACCUAGAUACUCAUCCACGCCGCCGACUCAGGAUGCCGAGCAUCACACAGACGCAAGACAGAGACCUGUGCGCUUCUCGACAGCCGUCGCACAUCCUCCAGCGUUCUGUUCGUUGGGAGAUGCCAGUGGGGCGUACACGGCUUUGCAGGCAGUAGCGGCAGUUCCAGCUGAUCCCCACCCCAGCCAGAUGACCAUUUGGAAAGACUAUCUCAGACACGCGGUUGCAUUUUGGGUAGGGUCUUCCGAUGCUUCUGCAGCCUGGGAUGCUUACCAGCUUUAUGACCUAAAGAGGAACUUCCAGAUCCCUGGGGACCUGCUGACAUCUCUCACUGGAGAGCUUUCCCGGCUUAUUCCAGUCGCGAAGUACAGCGUAUACGAGACGAUGGCUCCCAGCCACGAUACUUGUAUCCUCAGGUAA